AUGCAAACGGGCAGAAUUCAGAAAUCUUACAAGUUGCCUGAAGGAUUUCAAAGCAAGGUCGUGGCACCUCGCAAUCCAAAGCUGAUUAAAGAGGAAAAGAAGAAAGAUGCUCCACUGACUCCGUCUACCUUCCUGAAAGAGAUGUCUCUCACGACAGAGCAGAAGCUUGCAAGCACUCAUGAGAUGCGCCUCCCUCGCAUUGUCCAGCUUCUAGACAUGAGCGAAACAUCCCACCAAAAGUUCUCUUCAGUUGAUCUGGACCAGACGCUGUUUCAGCCGUUCCCAUCGGAAGUGAUUUUCCAGAACUUCGCCCCUUGUGAAAUCUAUGAAGUGCCACUAAUUCUGCGGAACAAUGACAAGAUCCCCAGGCUGGUGAAAGUCGUCCUGCAGAGUUCGCCCUACUUCCAAGUCAUUAGCCCCAAUAAUGUGUGCAACAAAGUUGCGCCUGGCAUGCCAUCUACGUUCCGCAUCCUCUUCACUCCAGAGGAGAACAAGGAUUAUUUGCACGAAGUGACCUGCAUUACCGAAAGGGAAAAAUUUAUUGUGCCUAUCCGAGCAAUUGGAGCCAGAGGCAUUCUGGACUUCCCUGACCAACUGAAUUUUUCUACCUGCCCGGUCAAGUACAACACACAGAAAACACUGCUGGUUCGCAACAUUGGGAACCGAGAAGCCCGCUACCGAAUCACUACGCAGAGCCCUUUCUCUGUGGAGCCCUCCACUGGGACCCUUGGAGUUGGGGAGACCACACAGUUCACGGUUGAAUUUCUGCCACAAGAGACGGGCAAUCACUGUGAGGACCUGGUAGUGCAUUAUGAUACAGGGGAGGAUAUCCACGUCUGCAUUUAUGGCGCAGCUGCAGACGUUAAUGUAAGACUGGAGAAGAGCUCCUUAACCAUUGAGAAGACCUACAUCACUUUAGCAAGCCAGAGGUCUGUAGCUAUUCACAAUCGUAGCAACAUCAUUGCGCAUUUCCAGUGGAAGUUCUUUAUGACGCAAGCCGAGGAGGAACAGAAAAAACAAAUGCUCUGCCGUUCACUUCAGGUUGAGGAAGAGGGCGUGGUGGACCAGUUUCUGGAGGAAUGCAUCAUAAAUCCCACCCUUCGCGAGCAUCUCUCCAUCGUCACCCGGACCUUUCGGAACCGCCAGGCAGCAGUGUUCGAGGACUCCAUGCUCUUCAACAACAACAUCUUCACAAUCGAACCUCUGGAGGGAGAUGUCUGGCCCAAUUCCACAACUGAAGUUAGUGUGAUCUUCCGGCCUCAAGAAGCUGGGAUUUAUCAUCGCACCGUGUACUGUGAUAUCUCAGGCCGUGAGAACAGACUCCCUCUUCGCAUCAAAGGAGAGGCCAUGGGUCCCAAGCUGCUUUUCAACUUUGACCAGCUGAACAUUGGCAAAAUUUUCAUUGGGUCAGUCCACAGUUAUGAGGCCAUUCUGUUCAACCAUGGAACUAUUGAUGCCCUUUUUAGCCUGACGUGCUCGCCCACCCCCCUGGGCUCCUGCUUUAGUUUUCAGCCCAGUGAAGGUAUCAUCCAGCCCGGGGACCAUCAAGCCAUUCAGAUCACCUUCAGCUCCACCAUCCUGGGAGAGUUCUCUGAAGAGUUCCAGUUCAACGUCAAUGGAUCCCCCCUGCCUGUGAACUUAGUGAUUAGUGGCUGUGUUAUUGGACCCACAUUUCAUUUCAACGUCCCAUCCCUCAACUUUGGGGAUGUCUCCUUUGGUUUUCCUCACACUCUUUCCUGCUCCCUCAGCAACACAUCUCUUGUUCCGAUGACCUUCAGCCUUCGUGUCCCCGGAGAUGGCUGUGAGCCCAGUGUCGAGAGUCAGAUUCAAGCCUCUGACAUUACACGGGAAGACUGGAGAACGGUGCGGUUUGGAAGCAUGAGGCCCAAGGAAUUUGCCAUCACACCGAGCCAAGGCACCAUCCGUUCCCAAGGGCUCAUGGAUAUCCAGGUGACCUUAUGUUCCAACACUGUGAAGAAAUAUGAAACGGCGCUGGUGGUAGACGUGAAGGGUAUUGGCGAAGAAGUGCUGGCACUUCUAAUUACGGCAAGAUGCGUCACACCUGCCCUGCACGUGGCUAAUCCCACCGUGAAUUUUGGACGUUGCUUCCUGAAGUUCCCCUACCAGCAAAUGGUGCAUCUCAUUAAUGAUAGUGACCUGCCAGGAUGCUAUGGCCUCCUCCUCCAGGUUUGUGCUAAGACCCCUCCAGUCCUGCAUUCCAGUCCAGCACCUUGUGGCAUCAUUCCACCUCAUGCCACUGUGGAAAUCCCCGUGGCUCUGGAAGUCCAGGAGAGGGGGCAACAGAAAGCCAUAGCCCAUAUAGCUAUUUUUGGGAGUGAAGACCCGCCUUUGGAAAUCAAGCUGGUGACUUUUGGAGAAGGCCCGGUUGUUUACGUGCAUCCUGCUAUGCUAGAUUUUGGCAGUAUCCAGGUCUUAAAGGAUGCCUCCAGGACACUCUACCUUUCCAAUCAGUCUGUUAUUCCUGCACCAUUUGAGGCACAGAUGGCCCGCAGUAAUUCUCUGUGGAGGAUUGAGCCCAGCAAAGGACUGGUUCCUCCAGAGGCUGAGAUAUCGAUCAUUCUGAUAGCGCACCUGGAUGACACCGUGGAAUUCCAGGACAAAGUCCACGUGGCCAUAGAGAACAGCAACUCCUAUAUCAUCCCAGUCCAGGCCACUGGCAUUGGUACAACUAUUGUCACAGACAAGCCUUUCGCUCCAGCCAUUAAUCUGGGACCCCACUUCAGUUUGGACCCCUGCUGCUAUUGCUUCAAGGUAACAAACCGUGGGCGUCGCACCCAUCAGCUUUACUGGAUGACAGAAGGCUUUCCCCCGUUUGGCCAGCGCAAAGCUGUCCCUGCCGUUGGUGCUGAUGCCAAGAAUAGGAGCUCCCGUCCAAAGCCUGAGCCCCGGCUUCCUGUGUUUAAACUGCAACCCUUGAGGAUGGAGCUGGCCCCAGGAAAGACCAUGGACAUGACACUGGAAGGCUCUUUUGACACUCCCAAGGUGGUCAAGGAGAGGCUGAUAUGCCAUGCCAUCAUAGGGAAGCAGUCUGGGAAGGAGCGUAUCAUGACGGUAGAUGUCGUCUGUGAAUUCAUUGCACCUGUUCUACAGAUUUCCUCCAGUAAGAUCACAUUCCAGGUGGAGAAGAGCCCUGGUGGUGCCUUGACUCCACAGUAUGAACCUCUGAGCUUGAAGAAUGUAUCUUCUCUGCCACUCAAUGUCCUUUUGUCCUUGCAAGACCCUUUCUUCCUCUGCAAUAGGGAAUGUCAAACUCUGCCCACACCCUAUCAGCCUAUACCAAUAGAUAUUGAUGGAGAACAUCAUCUUUGUGUUGGGUUUGACCCCACUUACAGAGAUGACCUUUAUAACCGAGUUUCAGAGGAAGUCUUAACUAUCCGUUACCUUGAGCAUCCUCACGUGGACCAGGUCAAACUCCGGGGAGAGGUGCGCUUCCCAAACCUUGACUUUCAAACUAUGGAUCUGAAUUUUGGCUGCAUCUUGAAUGACACGGAAGUUGUUCGCUACAUUGAUAUGACCAACUGCAGCCCUCUUGUCGUCAAAUACCGCUGGUCCUUUCUGCCAGAUGAUCACGGGACCCAAAUCAGUCUAUGGAGAACGAAACCUAAGGUACCGAACGUUCCUUCCACAGCGUCCACCCCUGCUAAGAAGGCCAAGAAGUCCAACCCUGCAGUGGCGACGCAGAAGGUGGCCAAGGCUGCGAAGCCUGCUAAGAAGGACUCUGUGUCAGCAGCUCCAGCCCUUCCGCCACCAUCGAUACCGACUGGUUCAACACCGAUGGCAUCGAUACCGGUGAACCAGGUCGCGUCUGAGACCACAGUACUUGUGCUAGACUCUCCAGACCAUCAGGUGGAGACAGCCUUGUACGAUAUUGACCAAAUGGGACUCAUAAGUCACCAGUUGGGUGCGGAGUGUUCCACUCGUAAGUCACCAGUUGGGUGCGGAGUGUUCCCCCGGUCCAUCCAGCUCCUCGGCAUCGGUCGCCUCAGAGCCUCCCGACAUCGACGGCCAUCGGCAUCGACGCUCAAGAUCCAGUGCGGAGCGUCGGCCUCCCCGUCUGUCGCCUGA